CUGUCAGCUUGCACCAGAACUUGACUUCGAGUCGUUAUUUCGCCGCUCCCUUUCACACCUCUCUUCGGGGACCCUCCUUCAAGCCAGGGCUGGACCCCGGCAAGUGGCGCCCGAACAGGGACCUGAAUUGAGGAUGCCGAGUCACCAAUCUGGAUUCCUGACAGGCUCAUUCGGCCUUUCAGGGCCUCCAGCUCUGAGUCUGAAAAGAAAGAGCAGACCGUGCCGCCGUCCACGGCGCCUUCCUGUGACACCAAUUCAUCAAACUAAAAUCACGGCAUCGGCUCCGACUCCAGCUUCCGCAGAGGAGAUGGAAGAAAGUACUUUGACUACAGCUUUCGUCCGCCUUCAGCUUUCACCUCAACAGCAACAGCGUGUUCCUAGAUCAGCAGCAACUCGCAGCGGUGUGAUGCCAUCCUGGGGACAACUCAAGGCGCUGGCUGAAGGAGCUCACUCCUUGGUGGCUGCAGCUCAUCUACCACCCUCGGCGCCGAAUCUGUUUGUUGCUAUGCUUUCACUUUUGGCUGCUGAGUCAUCUUCAGACAACUCUGCCACUCGCUCUCAGCAUUAACUGUGGAUGUUCGAGCCAUUCAAUUAAAACAAAAAGGGGGAGAUGCCGGAGACGGCAAGCAUGCCAUUUCAGGAUCAUGAGGAAUCGAGCGCUGAAGAGCUGCUUGACACAG